AAUGUCAGCCGUUGAAUCUGACAUUCCCAUGACACACAAGCAUCACACAAAUGUCUAUGAAAUUGCAUGAGCUCACAGCUACCUUCCCUUUCUUAUUUGAUUUUGAAUUCCGGAGAAGAACACAUUGGUAUGUUGCGUUAGUCUUUCAUGUGUAUGAAAGAGAAAAAGCUGGCCACGGAACUUUUCAGUGUACGUCUGGUGUGGUUGUGGCCAUCUCAUUAAAGCAGCAAUGAUACAAAAAGGAAGGUUCAUACCUGUUGGGGUUGGAUAUGGAGGUUGGCUAUGGAGCUGGUAGCAGUAUUCUAUGAAAUCCUCCUGCAGAUCUGUUUCCCAGACACCUAUUCACACCACCUUAGCUGGAGCUUCCUCGACCUCAUAUCUUAUUUUCUUCGCUUCACACUGUAAAGGCUAAAACAACAACUCUCCGUUUGACCGGUUGCCACCCACCAGCUGCACAGCUCUCUCUCUCUCUCUCUCUUAACCUUCACAUUCAUGGAGACCCCACCUUGAUCUUUUAAGAGUGGAACCAUGAGCAGGAGCCGCCUCUCUUUUAGAGAAGAAAGGCUAUAGAAUCACCUCUUCCUUCCCAUCUCUUUCUCUUUCUCUCUCUCUCUCUCUCUUUCUCUCCCGUCCCCUCUUGAAACCCUAAGAAAACCACAAAAAAGAAAACAGACCCCCAAACAGAAGACUUGUUCUGCAACCAUCAAUUUCAUGAUCCGUGGGUUGUUUGUUCUCUUCUUUGCGCACAUCCUUUUGCUCGAAGACAAAGAAAAAGCGCAGCAAAGGAAAGGAAAGGACUGUCUUCCCUUGCCGAUCAGAGAGCUUUUAAGGCAUAUGGGUACUUUCUGAAAACCCUUCCAGAAGAUCUCCUUCUAUCGUUCUCUUAUGCCCUCUUUUGUAGCUUGCUCUUAAAUGGGACUGUAAGUAAACAAAUCUCUCUCCAUAUCUGUGUCUCCCUCCCUCACCUCUUUACUCUUUUGCUCUCUUUUUUAUCUCUCUAUCUCCCUCUAUUCUCCCUUGAAGAGUCAUGGAUUCUGGGAAUAGUGGGAGUAUGCAGUCUUCAAGUGGUGGUGACGAAGAGUACGAUUCACGCGCCGAAUCGAUCUCAGCCUUCUUGAACCCACCAGGCCAUGUUGGUCCCAUGCCUAACCCACCACAGCCACCACCACCACCACCUCACCACCACCACCACCACCACACCCACUCCUCAUCUAUGUUCGACCCACUUUCGAACUACUUCGAUCCCUUGUCACGAUCACCAACCCAACUACAAAACCCAAAUUCCCUACUGAAUCUCGACAUGGUCUGGUCCAAAACCCUAAGAUCUGACCCCAAUUGCACCGAGAUCGGUGGGAUACUGGCCUCAUCGUCGUCCACCCCACCUUUUUCCGGCGCCCAAGGACAAAUCCGUGCCACCUUUCCGAGUUCGUUACCGUCGAUGCCGUUUCCUCCAGCUCCGGAAAAUGCUGCUCGAGCUACAGCUUCAGCUUCAAAUGAUCAAACCAACGUAGCACGUAACCCCAAGAAACGAUCAAGAGCUUCCCGGCGUGCACCUACUACUGUGCUCACCACAGACACCACCAAUUUCCGGGCCAUGGUUCAGGAGUUCACUGGGAUUCCUGCUCAACCCUUCACAUCUUCGCCUUUCCCAAGAAGCAGGCUUGAUCUGUUUGGUACAGCUUCUACUAUGAGAUCAGGCCAUUUGGAUCAUGCACCACCUUCAUACCUUUUGAGACCCUUUGCUCAAAAACUUCAGCCACCCCCAUUUGCUUCUCCCCCUCCCUCUUCAUCUUCUUCAUUCUCUUCCUCUUCCAUGGUUGAUGCUAUAGCUUCUACUACUAACAUCACUUCUGGUUCAGCUAGCAAUACUUCUUCUAAUUCAACUUCCAUUAACUACCAACUACCUUCAGAUUUAGGCCUUGUGAAGCAGCCCCAGAAUCUACUGAACAUGAACGUGCAGAACCCAAUUCUCUCAAUCCAGUCUUUCCUUCAGACCCCACUUAAAUACCCACAUCCCAAUUCAGCCAUUAUGGGCUCAAAACCACAAGGCUCUCUGGAAAUUCCAUCAACAGAUUCACAUAUCAAAAUGGGUGGUUUGGAGGACUUUGGUUUGAGCCAUGGCCAUGUCAAUACACACCUCAGUGGCCUCCCCAACUUGGUAUCAUCGGAUCGAACAGCGUCGAGAAGCGAUAAUAAUCCUCCCAGCUGGAACGACGGAUUGGGAUCAAGUGGUGGAAAUCAUGGCCAGUUGGGGCCUCUCAAUGGGAAUUAUAAUAAUUCGCAGCGGGUCACUAAUGGCAAAAUGAACUACUCGGCUUCCUCAUCGGAUUUUCACGGCGACAAGGUGCCGGAGAAUGUUUCUACAAGAAGUGAAGGUAUGGUGGAAUCGUGGAUUUGUUCUUCAGAUUAGGAGUCUUCAUUGACAGGGAAAAAGAAAAAAGAAAGAAAAAAAAACUACAAAGGAAAUGAUGGCGAUUCUGAUGAAUACAUGAAAGAGAAGUUUGUUUUCUCCAUCUGAGAUUCUUAACCAUGACUUCGGACAACACUGAAACACUGUUUUUUUCCCCUUAGUUAUAUGUAAAUAAUAGUCCUUUUUUUUCUUCAUUUCCAUACAUUUCUCAAUCACACAUCCAUAUACAAAACGACCGCGGACCUUUCAAUAUUCGUUUUUCAAUAGUGAAAUGCUGUUAGUUUCUUAUGAUA